AUGGAUGAUAAUGUUUUUACCAUCAACAACAGACAUACGUUCUUCUCCAACUCCACCAGAAGCAGAAUAGUCCACCAUGUUCUCCAACGCACCAAGUAUGAGGACGGGAAGUCUAAGAUGGGUAUCAAUAGGUUACUGGGCAAUGGGACAUAUGAGGCUGCAUUUCCUCCGCACGAGGGUGGAUACAAGAGCAGACACCCUAUUAAGACCCACGGUGCCCAGAACCACAGACACCUGCUGUACGAGAGGUGGGCUCGUUGGGGAAUGUGGUACAAGUACCAGCCUCUCGACCUUAUCAGGCGUUACUUUGGGGAGAAGAUUGGGCUGUACUUUGCCUGGCUGGGUUGGUACACUGGCAUGCUGAUCCCGGCAGCUCUUGUGGGUCUCCUCGUUUUCCUCUACGGAUUCCUUACCAUGGACACCAGCCAAGUCAGUAAAGAGAUCUGUGAGCCCCAACACUACUAUCAUGUGUUCCUAUGUGUGAGCGAGAACUGCAACACCUGGAAACUCAAAGUGACCCAUCUCUUUGACAAUGGAGGAACUGUGUUCUUUGCUAUCUUUAUGGCAAUAUGGGCCACGGUGUUCCUGGAGUUCUGGAAGAGGAGGAGGGCGGAGCUGACUUAUGACUGGGACCUCAUCGACUGGGAGGAGGAAGAGGAGAAUCUGCGGCCCCAGUUCGAAGCCAAGUACUCCCGAGUAGAGAGAGUAAACCCUAUCUCUGGCAAGCCGGAGCCAUUCCAACCCUUCACUGACAAACUCAGCAGACUCAUGGUCUCUGUGUCCGGCAUCUUCUUCAUGGUAUCUCUCUGGCUGACUGCAGUGUUUGCGGUGGUGGUGUUCCGACUGAUUGCCAUGGAGAAGUUUGCAUCGUUCGACUGGGAGUUUGUCAAGAAAGAACUGGCAGUUUGCCACCUCUGGCACGGAGUCUGUAUCAACUUCAUGAUCAUCAUGUCUCUCAAUGUGGUAUAUGAAAAGGUGGCCUAUCUGCUCACAAAUUUAGAACACCCACGGACUGAGUCAGAGUGGGAGAACAGUUUUGCUCUCAAGAUGUUUCUCUUCCAGUUUGUUAACUUGAACAGCUCUACCUUCUAUAUUGCAUUCUUCCUUGGAAGGUUCGCCGGCAGACCAGGGAAAUAUAAUAAACUGUUUAACAGAUGGAGACUGGAGGAGGUGAGUGGAGUCAGGAAGCACAACAACAAUAAAAACAGAGCUGUGUCCUAA